AUGAUGAUCAAGAUGAUUUAUAUUAUGGAGGGUAAAACUAACAUAAUGCUUUCUAUUGCCAACAACCAAGUUGUGCGUAUGUACUGGUUUGCACGCAUGUACUCUUUGCGUGUUCUCAACCUUCCCAACAACUGCAUUGUCCAAAUUGAGGGUAUGCGGGAACUGAUCCAUCUUGUACACCUGAAUUUGGCUGGAAAUAAGCUAAAGAGUAUUGAGGGCCUAACCAAUAACCGUACCUUGGAACACCUCAACCUGUCAGGAAAUGCCAUAACUCAUGUCAACGACCUCUCCAUGCUAAAGAGUCUAAAAGAGCUCUUCCUUCACCGCAAUCGCAUCACAACCCUUUACCGAUGCAACAAGUACCUGCCAUCUAGUCUCAUCAUCCUCACUCUGUCUGACAAUGCUCUGGCUGAUCUUAAUGACCUAUCAAAUUUGUCCCACCUGAAUCUUCUGGAGCAAGUCACCAUUCUCAACAAUCCUUGCCUUGACCCUAUUCAGCCCACAG